AUGCCCAAGAUGAACAUCUCAUUCAAGAUCUCGUUCCUGCUCAUACUACGAGACCUGGCGUUCACCAAAACCCUCACGCUGCCGCCAGUGGCGAUUGGAAAUCACAGCACCUUUCCGACCCUCCCUGUUUAUGUACCAAUCCCUCCAGUUCCACCCGGGUUCGAAUUGGAUACAAUCUGGGAUGAGUCCAAGCCAAUCAGCCCGAUCGGAGUAUACACCGCUGUAAUUAACCUCAUGUGGGAACUCAGCAACCAAUCAUGGACGGCCCAAAUAGAUCCAAAACGCCCGGGUCCGGUUGUCCUGGCGCUCGACAACAGAGUUUUCGCUGUCACUACCAUUGACGGCCCGACGCUUCAAGUAGGCCACGUCGUUCUAGCUUACCACCAAACCGUUCUGGACAUGUACAAACGACGGCCUGGAUUCUUCACAGCCAUUACUAGGAUCAUGCUGGACGGGCAGCGAAUCGGGCGUGCUGGGUUGCUGCCUGAGCCUCCCCUCCUGGGGAAUCCGAACAGCACAAUGCCUGAUUUGGUCAACACGGUCAACCCUCCUCUUGUCAGCAGCACGAAGAGCGUGGCAGAGAACUCGGGCGUCGUAAUUGACCCUGAGGAUCCCAGGUUCUCCGUCUCCUGGAGGUUCGACGGCACUUCUAUCCCGGCCCAAGAACUGUUUAGCUCGGUGAUAGACGGAAUAGCGACGGUGGCACAAUAUGAAACCAAUGCUCAAUGCGCGUCUGUCACUGGGGUCAGUUUCUCCGGCAACGUUGCAUUCCAUGUCGACGACUACCUUGGUGCAGCUUUGCAUUGCGGUCAGAUAUCAAAGGCCUUUCUUUUCAUCUCCGUUGUCGUCUUUGAAAAUCGAAAAUUUGAGGGGGUGGAGAUCACGCUGGAGUAUGACAAUAUAACGAUCGGCACGGGAGACAUAUUCAAGGUCCGAUCUGUUGAGAGUCACUACAGCAACAGCACCGCAAGGAUAGCGACGUCGUAA